GCGGUGGGGUGGGGUGUGUUAGCAGAAGAAAAAGCAGACGAACAAUAAGGUUCAAAGAUAAACAGUUCCCGUCUCGAACUUAAGUAAACACAAGUGUGUGGGCGUUACAUAAUCAAAAUGGGACCGUCACCGCGUCGACAUACGUGCUCGAUCCUUCAUUACAGUUGUCAAUAACAUUCUUAGAAUACUGUAGUCUGCUUUUAUCUUGAGAGAGCUUUUGUUCUCUGAAAUAAACCAUGGUUGUUCUGGAAAACUUAGCUUCCACCUUGAGCGGAAUUUUGGCACAUCGCCUCUCAGCUGAUACUUGUGAGUGGCGUAUUCUUGGACAAGAAAGAGAUGGAGGUCUUCUGUUUGCUUGGUUACACACUGUGCCUUCAAAGACAGUUAAGCCAUAUACAUGCAUUGGGUUGUACUAUCGGCACAAGAAAGAGUUGGAGAUAUUGUACCAGUUCGAUACCCAAAUAAAUAUUAUUCAGGCUAGUGUCAACAGCACAAAGACAGCUAUAGUUUAUAUUACCAAGAAUAGCAUAGCAGAUUCAAGCGCUGCCGAGACUAAUUGUUGUAGCGAUGAAAAGAAAGGAAAAAUUGAUAUUUACCAGGCCUUCUUAGUUCAAUUAAGAGAAGCAGCAAGUGAUGAGGACAGAGAACGUGAAAAUCGUAAACUUCCUAGUAAACCAUUGGACCUGGGAAUUGAACGAUCUUUACAAAUUGUUGUCCAGUUUUUGUACAGAUCCAAAGAUCAACCUGGUGAAAAAGAUCGAUUUCUAGUCCUCAUACAUCAUGAAUCUGUGUCCCUUUAUCAGUAUAAACCUGUGUAUGAUUCAGAAGAUGAUGGGGUUUUAAAACCAGAAAGUAUUUCUGGAGUGGAAUGUGUUGUACGAUCCUUCACCUGGGCCCAAUGGGAUUCCAUUCAUCAGUCUUUAUUUUACAUUCAUUUCCGUAAGCCAGCUGCACGUCUUGUUGAGGGAGACGACGAUGAAUUUGGUAGUAGUAGUGCAAGCACUGAGACGGGCCGUCGCCAGGAGAGUGAGUUGGCUCCUACUCUUUCAGGUCUCCAGUUUCAUGAUAAUCUUCCUCAUGAAACAGUGCUGAAUAUUCCUCUUAAUCUUCCACUUCUUCCAAAAGCCAAUGGUUCUUUGUGCUCAAUGUAUGAGGAUGACCCCAUACCUUUGAGAGUGCAUGAUUGCUCUCUUGACUUGACAGUAGUUUCUGAUCCAAAAGGCAUGGUGUGUAUCUGCCAUCACUACCUUUACCAGCCUGUUGGACCUGCAACUGAAGAGGGAGAAAAUAAUUCCAAAGUCUCUGGAGACAAUGUCCAUUUUGCGUAUUCUGUCACUCUCCUUCAUCAUGGCUGUGUGUUGCACUGCGUGGUUCCGGGCAUUUCAUGGGAUGUGGCCCGUAGGAUGCGUCCCAGUUUUUCCUACUAUGGCGAUCAUCAUAUGUUAGUCCACGUUCCUGGGCUCUUUACACAUCUUUUGGACAUUGGACUUGAGCAUGAACCAUGUUGCCAUAUUUUGCUGGAUAAUGAUGCUCUCACCAUACCAGUGUCUGACACCGCAUGUUUGGUUCCUUUACUGCCUACUGUUCCUAAUAAGGAGUCGUCUACUAAUAAUGGCAAGCCAACAGUUUCAAUGUUGGACCUGUCUACUUUAGACAUUGUACCCAUUUCCAUUGCACCAGCACAUUUUCUUUGCGCUUUUCGUGGUGGUCCACAUGGAACUCCAACAUCUGGCCAAAAGAAGAACCGCUUUUUACUGCCAAAUCAACUGUCCAUUCUACAUUAUGUUCUUGUACACCUGGGCAACAAUGACCUCCUUCUACAGUUACUGAGCUGCAUUGCUAACCAGUGUAUGGAGGUGGGCACCCCCCGACUUCUACAAGAAAUAUUAGUUGGGGGAGCAUAUGCAGCUGUUCGAAAGAACCUCCCGCCAGACGCUGUAUCUCUACUACCCCUUCUUCCUCUCACUGUCGCGACACAUGGAGCACAUCAAGAGAUGAAGCUAAACAACACUACUUUAACCCUUUCUCAAGAGACUUUGUGGAACACUGCUAUGAUGCUCCUCUCUCCUCGACAACGUCUAGUUCCAUAUCGAAGUGACAUGUGGACAAGGCUUUAUGAAAGCUUGUCAGCUUCUCAACAAAGGGCCUCAGACUAUCGGUGCAGUUCAGACAGCCGAGCCGGUGCCCGCUUCCGGCCAAGUCAUGUCGCAGACAAGUUAAUGGUGUCACUUCUUUGUUAUCAGCCUGAGGCACUUUCUCGUUGUACUACACCACUGUCUCCAGGUGGAAAUUUUGUUGGCUCAGGACCUGCAUUUUCAGAUGUUGUUGCUAUUACGGGUGCAAACCGAAAAAUAGGCGGGCUUGAUUUUCUGCCCUUCCAUGAAACUGAGUCAUGCACUGCUAGCAAGCAAGAACAUGUCAUAUCAGUGGAUGAAGAAGCAGAGUUAACAGAAGAAAGGGAUGCUAACUGCUCUUGCCCUUCUUGUGAUCCGCUUAAUGUUGUCAGUGUGGAUAGUGACAAUGGUUUACCAUUUUUGGAAAUGGAUUCGUGCACGGCAAGCAAACAGGAGUUAGUGCUGUCAGUGAAUCUCCGUGAGCUGAGUGUUCAUUUAUUAAAGCAUGCCCACCGUGGUCAAUCUCCUUUGCACGUUCAUGCUGUGGCAACUAGAUAUGUAGCUGCACAACUUGAUAUGUCAAGAUCUUUAUGUCGACAGCUGUGUCUUGCUGCAAAGGUUGAUCCACGUCAUGAGAAAGAGCGUGGUUUUGCUCUUAUUGAUUCUUUGGAUGAUGCGAGGCAACGACUUUUGUUCUGGCUCCUAGAGCGAUUCCUUCUUGCUGUGGAUACCCUAGCAUUCCCCCUACCACAAGGUUUCACGUCCUUUUUUUCAUUCCUUGGGUACAGGACUCUUCCCUUUUGUUCCUUCAUGCAAUAUUCCCAAUCCUUUGCCUUUGAGCUGCAAGUGGAUGUCAUGAAAUCUAUUAUGUCUGAUAUCCCUGAUACUCCAGAAGGCAGUGCCCGUAAGUUGAGACUAUUACAACUACUGCCAAGAUCUCGCGCUAAGCGUCUUCUCAAUGCCUGGCCGCAUCCCUCAAGUUUGAUGGUGCGUGCACGUGAACAUGCUCUGCAUGUGUUGAGUGGUGUUGAAGGGGCCCGUUCCAGAAACACCAAAGCUCGGCAGGGAAACAUGAAACCCUACCAGGGGCUUGCAAACAGAGGGCUGACUGCAUUCCCUUCACAAGACCGUCUGUCUCCGUUGGACACAUUCCUGGAUCUGCUCACUGCCAAAGCCAGUCUUGCAGAGUUGGAUUUUGGACUACUCAUUGAAGCAACUAUUGCAUCUACCCAAGAUAUGACUUUGUAAUACAUAUUACAAUGCUAACCAAAAAAAACAUAGUGUGUUUUGUAGUCAAUUUAGGCUACAGGUUUGUUUAAAACCAGCAAAUACUGUUCCAGUGUAGUGAAUUACAUUACAUACAUUUAUUGGCUGUGUUCAUCAAUUAUUGUCUAGUCUCUUAUGUUUCUUUGGUGCCAUUAUUUAGUCUUUAGUUUGUAAUUUUUUUGUUUGUGUUGAUACAUAUUUUUAUUUUAAAUUUUCCAUUCAAGUGUAAGUUGCAUGAAAACAAUCUUCAAAAGUUUGGAAGGAAUCGUGACAAAUUUUUAAAAUAUAUUCUUGUUUUGUUGGGGCUUUUUAUCUAAUUUUUACUUUAUUUAAGGCUGUAAUCGGAUGUUGAUUGAAUGACUGACCACAAAUUAUGUUGUGAUUCCUCCUAGUCAGAAUGUACUUUUUCAUUCCUGUAUAAUUUGUUUACGACGCCGCUAGCUGCUACAAAUAGUCAAUUAAUGGUUGGGUUUAUGUUUUACUCAGGAGGUCAAGCCUGUGAUCAUAAUGUUCUCAUUGUUGGUUUGAAUAAGUCUGUUUUUGUUUACUGUUGUUUAUAAGUUGAAAGUUGUUUAGUUUACUUUGGGUAACCGCCCAACGGUUUUUAUGUCUUUUUUUAUUUUUUUCAAUUUUAACAAAUGCAUUUCUUGUUACCAUGAUAACUCAUUCGUACUCCAGUAACUAGGUUUCCUGAUUUUUUUAAUGGGCCUAUUUAUUUGCCAAGACAUAUGCCAUCAAUUUUACAUCCAGCUCUGUUGUUCCAUUGCAGUAUUGUUCAUAUUGUAUUCCUUUGGACAAUUUUAUCAUGUUGUUUUCUUGUUCGUUCUAUGUGGGAUAAUAUAAACUUUUCCAAAAUGAAA